UUUUGAAUAUUUGGGUUAAUUCAGUGGACUGGCUUCAACCUUCCAGAAUCUGGAUUAUAGGAACUGAAUUAUGAUUGGUGGCAGUUAUAAAUUCCUUGCAGGCUACUUUUGAUUUCUUUGUAUCCCUGAAUGGGAAACUGUGUGGGUUGGGUCUAAAAUCGUUAAUUUUGAAGGUGGAGCUUUUCAACAAUGUUGGCUGAUGAGACCCCUGAGUUCUUAACGUAAACUACUGGAGGAGAGCAAACAGUAGUAUGUCUGAAAGUGUCCGCUCCAUUUGAAAGUCCGUGAGAAGGAAGCGGCCAGAAGUGAAAGUGCACUACGGACAUGAGAAGUACCUGGUCAUGCUGUCCAUGCAACAGUUUUCCUCAUUGAACUCUGAACAACAAUGUUCACAAGUUGGCUUCACUAACGGGGUGUUGGGGACAGAUGAGGACAAUAUGGGGGACGUUUGCUCUCAAAAGCUGGGAUCAGUCAGGUACCUCCGACUGCUGCUCGUCAUCCUGAUGCCCUGUACGUGCGCCCUUCUCUGCUUGCUGCUUAUCUGCUUGGCACUUAACGGUACAAUAGGAAAUGGUGUUCUGCAGUCUGGGGAGACGCACCCCCUUCCCGCCAGCAAAGAGGCCCCUGGGACAGAUCUGCCCCUCACAGGCUUCAGCUUGGGGCCACAGGCCUCUCCCGCUGGGCCGGAUCGCAGCACCCGUGACCCCAUCACCCAGGGCAUGGGUCACCUGAAGCCUCGCUCCCGGAACUCCAGCAGCCCCACAUUCCGGCCCCCCACCCUCACUGCCACCCCCGAUGUCCCCACCACUGCUGUCCCCAGCUGGGUGACAUCACUGUCCACUCUCAGUCCACUGUGGUCAGACACAACACCGCAGGCAAUGGAUCUCAACAUGGAUAAGGACGUCUGUUCGGAUAUUAGCCAGAGCCAGUGCCACAUGCUGCCAUACAACCGGACCAGUGUGUUCUCCCGCAGAGUCAUCGUCAAGAGUGUCGAGGUGGACAUGUUCCUCAAGUUCUUCAGCUACCUGAACCGUCUCAGUUGCUACCGACACAUCAUGCUUUUUGGCUGCAGCCUGGCACUCCCAGAAUGUGUCACUGAGGGAGAAGAGAGGCGGCUGAUCUUCCCCUGCAUGUCGUUCUGCGAGGCAGCGCGGGACGGCUGUGAACCCGUCCUGCAGAUGUUCAAUGCCUCCUGGCCUGACUUCCUCCGCUGCUCACAGUUCAGCAACCAGUCUGCAGCCGGAAACAGUGGCAGUGCUGUGUGCUACAGCCCGCGACACGUCAAGGGCAAGCCCUCACUCCACCUGGACUGUGGGGGUCCCCAAGGACUGAACAUGCGAGGAGCCCGAUGCAUGUCUGUCACUGGGUCUGUGUGCCUCUGUAGGUCUCUGUGCCGGAAUUCCAAGGAGCGCUGUGAGUCCGUGCUUGGAAUUGUGGGAUUGCAGUGGCCAGAGCACUCGGAUUGUGCCCAGUUCCCAGAGGAAGGACAGGAAAAUUCCACCUGUCUGCUCCCAGACCCGGACGUGGACGAAUGUUCUCCCAGCCACUUCAAGUGCCGGUCGGGAAGGUGUGUUCUGUCCUCCAAGAGGUGCGAUGGCCACUUGGAUUGUGAUGACGACAGUGAUGAGGAGAAUUGUGGAUGUAAGGAGAGAGGAUUGUGGGAAUGUCCCGGUAACAAAGCCUGCAUCAAGCACUCAAUGAUUUGUGACGGAUUCCCAGACUGCACUGACCUGGCUGAUGAGCGGAAUUGCUCUGUGUGCAGUGAUAACGAGCUUCCGUGCAAUAACCACAAGUGUGUGCAUCGCACGUUGUGGUGCGACGGCGUGAAGCACUGCUCUGACAGCUCAGACGAGUGGGACUGCGUGUCUCUGUCCAACACAUCCCUGUCGCUUCUGACGGUCCAUAAGACGGCGUCUGAGUACCAGGUCUGCGUAGAUGACUGGCACCCGGAGCUGAGCCGCCUGGCGUGCCAGCAGAUGGGUUUAGGUAUCCCCGCGGCCGUGGAGAUGGUGCCGGAGCAGGCUGGUCUGCUGGGCCGCAGGCGAUGGCUCCAUGUUCACCCUGACUGGACUCACAGGAAUGGGUCUGCGCUGCAGGCGAUGCUGGAGAAGCGAGGGCAUUCUUGUCAUUCGCGCAGAAGAGUAUCUCUCCGUUGUGCCAAAGAAGACUGCGGUCGGCGCCCUGCGGCGCGCAUGUCCAAGCGCAUCCUGGGCGGGAGGACCAGCCGGCCCGGCCGCUGGCCCUGGCAGUGCUCCCUGCAGAGCGACCCCAGUGGCCACAUAUGCGGCUGUGUGCUCAUCGGCCACAAGUGGGCGCUCACCGUGGCCCACUGUUUCGAAGGGCGAGAGAGUGCCGACGCAUGGAAGGUGGUGUUAGGCAUCAACAACCUGGACCAUCCAUCCCCCUUCAUGCAGACCAGGAAGGUUAAGAAGGUCAUUGUGCAUCCACGCUACAACCGUGCAGUGGUCGACUACGACAUCAGCGUGGUGGAGCUGGACCAGGAUGUAGAGGAGAGCAGCUACGUGCGGCCGGUGUGCCUCCCCCACCGAGACCAGCUUCCCCAGCCAGAUACCUACUGCUACAUCACUGGCUGGGGUCACAUGGGCAACAGGAGUGAGUUCCACCUGGCAGUGCAGCACCCGGCCCUUCGUACCUGCUUCUAAUGGGUCCUCAGGCCACACAUACCUGCCUCUAAUAGGUCCUCAGGCCACACAUACCUGCCUCUAAUGGGUUCCUUGGUCCACACGCACCUGCAACUAACGGAUUCCUCGCUCUAUACACGCCUACCGCUAUACGGUUCCUUGCUCCACACAUACCUGCCUCUAGCGGGU